CACCUGCGGGUAGCUUUCCUUGUCCCUGCAGGAGGCGAUCCGCAAGCUGGUGUUGCAGGCCAGUGGAGUGCUUGCGGGCCCGGCGUCCCGCGGGGAAGAUGAACGGUCCCACCUCCAGGUCCAGCCACCUGUCGCAGCCGGUGGUGAAGAGUGUGCUGGUGUACCGCAAUGGGGACCCUUUCUUCGCCGGGCGCCGCGUCGUCAUUCAUGAGAAGAAGGUGUCCAGCUUCGACGUCUUCCUCAAGGAAGUGACAGGCGGUGUGCAGGCGCCCUUUGGGGCGGUUAGGAACAUCUACACCCCGAGGACAGGCCACCGCAUCCGGAAGCUGGACCAGAUAGAGAGCGGGGGCAACUAUGUGGCUGGGGGCCCAGAAGCUUUCAAGAAACUCAAUUACUUGGACAUAGGCGACAUCAAGAAAAGACCGAUGGAAGCUGUUAAUACCGAGGUGAAGCCAGUGGUCCACAGCAGGAUCAACGUGUCCGCCCGCUUCAGGAAGUCGCUGCACGAGCCCUGCACCAUCUUCUUGAUUGCAAAUGGAGACCUCAUAAGCCCAGCUUCUCGCCUCCUCAUCCCCAAAAAGGCUUUGAAUCAGUGGGAUCACGUGCUACAAAUGGUCACAGAAAAAAUAACUCUUCGGAGUGGGGCUGUCCACAGGUUAUAUACGCUAGAAGGAAAACUGGUUGAGAGCGGAGCAGAACUGGAGAACGGGCAGUUCUACGUGGCCGUUGGCAGAGAUAAGUUUAAGAGACUACCAUACAGUGAGUUGCUUUUUGACAAGUCAGCAAUGAGAAGGCCUUAUGGUCAGAAAGCUUCUUCCCUCCCUCCCAUGGUUGGAUCGAGGAAGUCUAAAGGGAGCGGAAAUUAUCGCCAAUCUAAGUCAACCAUCGGCUCCAGUGAUAACUCAUCUCCUCAGCCUCUGAAGAGGAAAGGGAAGAAAGACUCCAACUCAGAAAAACCCAUGAAAGUGAAACAAAGUGUGAAGUCUAAGACUUCCCACCAAGCAGUCCCAGACAAUGAUGAAGGCAUUUUCAAAGCUGGAGCAGAGAGAUCUGAAACAAGGGGGGCAGCAGAAGUUCAAGAAGACGAAGACACCCAGGUUGAGGUCCCAGUGGACCAGAGGCCAGCAGAAAUAGUUGACGAGGAAGAAGAUGGAGAGAAAACAAGCAAAGAUGCCAGCCAGAAGGAAGACUUUUCAGCAAUGAAUGGUGAGACUGAAGACAGAGGGGGUAGUGAAACGGCUGAUGCCCCUGAGGAGGGGGAAGGAACCUCAGACCACAGGGAGAAGAAGGCAAGCCCCUCCCGGGUAAAUGGUGGCACGGACGAAGAGAACGGCGAGGAACUGGACCAGGUCACUGAGGAGCUUCAACCAACAGUGGAGGAGAAAGGAACGGCUGAAGGAGAUAACAGUGGACAAGAUGAGGCUGAUUUGGAUGCUCAAAGACCGCCAAGACCAGAAGUGACAGUCACCAGCCCACAAGAGAGCGAAGACAAUGAACCAAACAAGGCCUCUUCUGCUGUGGCGUAGAUGGUUUAAAGCAGAGAAUAUAAGGGAUGCGAGAAGAUGCAGAGCUAUAAUACUUGAAUAAUGAGCACAGCAUCUCUUCAUGUAGAAUGUGGCAAUGUGGUGGAAGCCCUACCUGUUGCAUUUUAAAAAUAGAAGCUACAUGAAAGGAAGGGUUAGGUCAUUUGUAACUCAGUAACUUACGCUUAUGACAGGUGUUUAAAAAUUCCUUUAGAAGAACAAAAUAAGAGAGACAGGGGAUUUGCACCUUAGGAAAGCAGUUGGGUACCUGUGUUUGUAAAGGGGAAAGACAUGGGCUAGCUCCCAUUAGAUACUUUAUUAUAGACUUGGAAGCAAGAAUACUGGCAGCUUGUUGUAAAGCAUUUA